UGUCCUAAGCUUCAUCCUAACUUCUGGAGUCCCAGUUGAUGUCUUUGGGUGUAUAAGCCUGCGAGAGUGUCCACUGUCCCUUCCAUGAUUUAGACAGCGGCUUGGAACAUGCAUCAUUAGCGGGAUGGUCGGCCACCGAAGCUGCAAUGUCGUCCCUGACGACCUCCAGUGAGGGAGAGAACUCCACUCCCAGGUUUGUUGUCGGUUCCAGGGAUGAUGAGACAGACUUUCUGGGAUCAAACAUGAAGACAGACGAAACCGAUUUCUUUGAAGAUGAUGAAGAGGAGGAGUCGCCACCUGAACGGCAGAUUGUGGUUGGAAUCUGUGCUAUGACCAAAAAGUCUAAGUCAAAGCCCAUGACACAGAUUCUGGAACGUCUGUGCAAGUUUGAGUAUAUCACAGUGGUGAUUAUGGGGGAAGAUGUUAUUCUGAAUGAACCGGUGGAGAACUGGCCCUCUUGUGACUGCCUAAUAUCGUUCCACUCCAAAGGAUUCCCCCUGGAUAAAGCAGUUGCUUAUGCCAAGCUGUGCAAGCCGUUUCUGAUUAAUGACCUUGAUAUGCAGUAUUAUAUCCAGGACAGGCGUGAAGUGUAUCGGAUCCUUCAAGAAGAGGGAAUAGACUUGCCCCCCUAUGCUGUGCUCAAUCGAGACCCUGAUAGACCAGAAGAGUGCAACUUGGUGGAAGGAGAGGACCACGUGGAGGUAAAUGGAGCUGUUUUCCCAAAGCCAUUUGUAGAGAAGCCAGUCAGUGCUGAAGACCAUAAUGUGUAUAUUUACUACCCAACGUCAGCAGGUGGGGGCAGCCAGCGGCUCUUUCGGAAGAUUGGCAGCCGGAGUAGCGUGUACUCCCCAGAGAGCAGUGUGAGGAAGACAGGCUCAUACAUUUAUGAGGAGUUCAUGCCUACAGAUGGCACUGAUGUAAAGGUGUACACUGUUGGACCAGACUAUGCCCAUGCAGAGGCUCGCAAAUCCCCUGCUUUGGAUGGGAAGGUUGAACGGGACAGUGAAGGGAAAGAAAUCCGCUACCCAGUCAUGCUGACUGCCAUGGAGAAACUAGUUGCCCGGAAAGUCUGUGUAGCCUUUAAGCAAACAGUGUGUGGGUUCGACCUCCUGCGGGCAAACGGCCACUCUUUUGUUUGCGAUGUGAACGGCUUCAGUUUUGUGAAGAACUCUAUGAAGUAUUAUGAUGACUGUGCCAAAAUCCUUGGAAAUAUAAUCAUGCGGGAAUUGGCUCCCCAGUUUCAUAUUCCCUGGUCCAUCCCAACAGAGGCAGAAGACAUUCCCAUUGUACCCACAACUUCAGGCACGAUGAUGGAGCUUCGUUGUGUUAUUGCAGUCAUCCGGCAUGGAGAUCGCACCCCAAAGCAGAAGAUGAAGAUGGAAGUUAAGCAUCCCCGGUUCUUUGAAUUAUUUGAGAAAUAUGAUGGCUACAAGACAGGGAAGUUGAAGCUGAAGAAACCAGAGCAGCUACAGGAAGUGCUGGACAUUGCACGGCAGCUUGUGGUGGACCUGGGAACCCACAGUGAUUGUGAAAUUGAGGAGAGGAAAUCCAAACUGGAACAGCUGAAGAGCGUCUUGGAGAUGUAUGGGCAUUUUUCUGGUAUUAACCGUAAGGUUCAGUUGACCUAUCUGCCUCAUGGACAUCCAAAAGCUGCAAGUGAAGAUGAAGAAGCUCGCCGAGAGUCUUCGCCAUCCCUUCUCCUGGUGCUUAAGUGGGGUGGAGAGCUGACACCAGCAGGAAGAGUCCAGGCAGAAGAGCUGGGGCGAGCCUUUCGCUGUAUGUACCCUGGUGGCCAAGGUGAUUACGCUGGUUUCCCUGGAUGUGGCUUGCUCAGGUUGCACAGCACCUACCGUCAUGAUCUCAAGAUCUACGCCUCAGAUGAGGGACGAGUUCAGAUGACAGCAGCAGCUUUUGCAAAGGGUCUGCUGGCCCUGGAAGGAGAGCUGACCCCCAUCCUAGUGCAAAUGGUGAAAAGUGCCAAUAUGAACGGUCUCCUGGACAGUGACAGUGAUUCCCUUAGCAGCUGUCAACACAGAGUGAAGGCACGACUGCAUGAAAUCAUGCAGAAGGAUGCUGAGUUCUGUGAAGAGGAUUAUGAAAAGCUAGCACCUACAGGCAGUGCUUCUCUGCUCAACUCCAUGACAUUUAUCCAGAACCCAGUAGAGGUCUGUAACCAGGUGUUCACCCUGAUUGAGAAUCUCACCUCCCAAAUACAAAAACGUCUGGAAGACCCAAAAUCUGCAGACCUGCAGCUGUAUCACAGUGAGACUUUAGAACUGAUGCUGCAACGCUGGAGUAAGCUGGAGCGAGAUUUCCGCAUGAAGAAUGGGCGUUACGACAUCAGCAAGAUCCCUGAUAUCUAUGACUGCAUCAAGUAUGAUGUACAGCACAACUGUGCACUGAAACUGGAAGGCACAGCUGAACUCUUCAAACUCUCCAAAGCCCUGGCAGAUGUGAUCAUACCCCAGGAAUAUGGGAUUAAUAAGGAGGAGAAACUGGAGAUUGCUAUUGGCUUUUGUCUUCCUCUCAUUAAAAAGAUCCAGUUGGACCUACAGAGAACCCAUGAAGAUGAGUCUGUCAACAAACUACAUCCCUUGUACUCAAGAGGAGUUCUGUCACCAGGUCGCCAUGUUCGGACACGGCUCUACUUCACCAGUGAGAGCCAUGUGCACUCUCUGCUCAGUAUCUUCCGCUAUGGGGGGCUCCUGGAUGAAAACAAAGACCAGCAGUGGAAGAGAGCCAUGGACUAUUUGAGUGCUAUCUCAGAGCUGAACUACAUGACCCAGAUUGUUAUCAUGCUCUACGAGGACAACAACAAGGAUCCAUCUUCAGAAGAGCGUUUCCAUGUGGAGCUGCAUUUCAGCCCUGGUGUGAAAGGCUGUGAGGAAGACAGAAACGUGCCCACAGGGUUUGGCUUUCGGCCUGCCUCUGCGGAGAAUGAGGACAAGAAAGCAGACCAAGGCAGCCUGGAGGACCUCUCCAAAGAGAAAGGCAUCCAUGAGCCAGAUCGCGCACAGCAAAGGUCUCCGCAGCCUUCCGAGCCGGUCAGCAUUCAGCGAAGAUCACCGCUGAUCAGGAACCGGAAGACAGGGUCCAUGGAGGUGCUAUCUGAAUCUUCUUCCAAAUCAGGAGGUUAUCGCCUCUUCAGCACUUACUCCAGGCAGUCUUCUGAGAUGAAGCAAAGUGGCUUAGGGUCACAAUGCACCGGCCUGUUUAGCACCACUGUGCUGGGAGGCUCCUCCAGUGCCCCCAACCUCCAGGACUACGCACGCAGCCAUGGCAAAAAGUUUGCCAGCAGCCUGACAUACAAAGACGAUGCGUUUGAGCACCACCACGUUGCCCAGUUGCUGCGCCGUUUUUCCUCUGACUGUACCACGAGCCGGAACAUCUCCCUGGAUGCCACUCUAGCCCAUCACCUCCAGCAGUGCUCCUACCACCUGCGCCUCUUCAGGAGCUGGCUGAUCUCAGGGCAGGAUGACUUGGAGUGUCUUUACGGUUUUGAAGGCUGUUCCAUGGUUCCCACCAUUUAUCCCCUGGAGACCCUGCACAACUCCCUCUCUUUGCGACAGGUCAAUGAGUUCCUGACGGCUGUGUGCAGGAGUUGCAGCGAAUCGCAUGUCCAGUCUACCGCAGCUUUGUUUGAUUCAAUGAUUGGCAGCCACAUACCAGGAGACCCCUUUAUGUCCCAGCGAAUCCUGUCAUCAUCCUCUUUGCCACUGCGCCAGCGUUCGGAUAAGCCCCCUUGGUACAGCAGUGGCCCCUCCAGUACCGUCUCCAGUGCAGGCCCAUCCUCCCCAACAUCUGUGGACAACUGCACUCGUUUCAGCUUCACUGAGAAACUUUCCAUCAGUCCCCCGAAAAGUGAGGAGCAGCUGACUAGCCAGUCCCCUGAGCAAGGAGAGAGACAGCCUCCAGGCAGAGGGCUUGACAUGGAGGUGGGGAUGUCUGGGUUGUCAGUGGUGGAGCCAAGUGCCCCAGAGACCCUGACCUGGAACCAGGGCCCAGAGCCAGGCAGGGUCCUGGAGCUGUGCAAGAAGGAGCUGGCGGAGGAGGACUCUAACCCAGAGGAGAAGAGCAUGGUGGAGCUGGAUGAAGAAGACUCAGCUGGGAGAAUGUUAGAGCCAAGUAACACAGGGAACCCAAAGUGUGGUGCAGGGUCUGAUAUAAGGCUGGCUGGGGAGAGAGUGAAGCCAGGUGAGGGGUAUACAGGGGGAAUGACUGGCCUGGAUCAGUCAGGGCUGCCCAAGGAGAUCUUGGUGCCCUGUGAAGAGGAGCUGGUGGGAGAGGUGUUGGACCCGGAGCAUAUGGGCAAGGAGCUGCUGGGGGACAGUGCUCUGUCAGGCCAGCUUCUGUCUGGUCACCUGUGCCAGCCACUGUCUCCUGAGAAAAGCGUGGAGGAGCUGCAGCCGCUGUGUCAGGAGGAUCAGCAGAAUUAGCGGCUCACUGGACAGCACACCGCAAGCGCUUCUAGCCUGGAGGCAGCCCAGCUGCAUGCACAGCACCUCAUGCAGCUGGCUGUCCACAGCACAAGCCAUGUCCCAAGGCCACAGGACUCUGGGGUGUGGAAGAGUCUGCUCUGCUCCUCCACAAGCCAGCUCUUUGCCAUUCGGCAAAAGACAAUGCCCCAUCUGCCUUGAACAACAAAUGCAGUCUUGGUACUGGCAUGGCACCUCCAUGGAGCAGGGACAUGGGGCUGCAUUGGUGUCCCAAGGGCUGUAUGCUCGCUGGGACAGCAGAGUUAGAGGAUUGGUACAGCCAAGGCUUUUGGGGUGGUAAGUCCAAAGGGGACAGAUGCUCCCUUGAGAUUUUUUGGCCCAUAGCCUUCAGAGAAAGGCAUUCUGGGCCCAAAAUAAUCGGAUCCAUCACAACCACCAACCUCCUCUCUGUUCCUUCCUUCUUCCUCUCUCAAUUCCCACCACUGGCCACCAAAAACAGGUCUGGAGAGUCCAUGGCAGGAAGACUAGGAGAAGCAGAAAGCAUUCUGAAUGAGUGUGGGAAGGAGAGUAAUGAGGGGAUCAGGUUCAAGACUGCCACUUGCAAGAAAACGUCUCUUUGGCGUGGUCUUGAAUGUUUUCCUGCUGGGCUGGGGCAGGCAGGCGGGAGCCUGGGGAUCCAGCCUGAGAGAGGUGGGCAGGGAAGACACACACGGGUUUUUUUUCUAGUCCCCAAGGGUCAGGCAGGGUACAGCUCUGAAGUCUUGGUGACAGAAAUUAAAAGAAACUGCUAUUUGAACAAAUCAGGAUUAUUAGAAACCAAUAAGGAGAAAUCUUUAUUAUAUAUAAAAUGAAAAGUAUUUAAUACAUAUUUAUGUAAAUGACUUGUGAGCACAAGCCUGAGGGCAAGAUUGACACGGGUGUCCCUGCCGCAUCCUAAGUGCAGGCCAGGGCUGUGCCUCCUGCGCCUCCUGUAUUUAUGAACAAGUCUAUGUGUUUGUCUGUAGCUAGGAUCUGUGUUUUUGUGAAGCUGUGCCCAAAGAUCUCCGCACUGUGUUGUGAUGAUGUGUGUUCACAGUAAAUCUAUGCUGUGGGU